AUGGCCAGGAGCUAUAGGCAGGGCAAAGUUGGGUGUGCUAGACGUGUGCAGCAUCACAUUUCACUGACGGAGUCGGCUCUCUUGUCCUAUAAUGUGUACUGGGGACAUGCUGAAAGUCACACCCUUAACUCCACCGCUGUGCAGGCACUGCAGGACUUGGCCAACCGCCUGUGCAUCCAUUCCUUCAGGGCCACGUGUGCCUCUGGCUCCGGCCACCCCACGUCGUGCUGCAGCACGGCUGAGAUCGUGUCGGUGCUCUUCUUCCACACGAUGAGGUACAAACAGACAGAGCCGGAGCACCGGGACAACGACAGGUUCGUCCUCUCCAAGGGCCACGCGGCUCCACUGCUAUACGUCGCCUGGGCGGAGGCGGGCGGCAUCAGCGAACCCGACCUGCUGAACUUGAGGACCAUCCACUGUGACCUGGAGGGACAUCCCACCCCCAGGCUGUCGUUUGUGAAUGUGGCGACAGGGUCGCUGGGGCAGGGGCUGGGGGCGGCGUGUGGAAUGGCCUAUACUGGCAAGUACCUGGACAAGGCCAGCUACUGGAUGUUCUGCCUCCUGGGCGACGGCGAGUCCUCGGAAGGGUCUGUCUGGGAAGCUCUGGCCUUUGCUUCCCAUUACAGUUUGGACAACCUCAUUGCAGUCCUGGAUGUGAACCGCUUGGGGCAAAGUGGCGUCACGCCCCUGGAGCACUGCACAGACAUCUAUCGGAGUCUCUGUGAGGCCUUUGGGUGGAAUACUUACUUAGUGGAUGGCCAUGACGUGGAGACGUUGUGCCACGUGUUUAGGCGAGCAGCUCAAGUGAAGAACAAGCCCACUGCCAUAGUUGCGAAAACCUUCAAAGGCCGGGGUAUUCCAGACGUUGAGGAUGCAGAAAAUUGGCAUGGAAAGCCAAUGCCAAAAGAAAGAGCACAGGAAAUCACCAGGCUUAUUGAGAGUCAGAUACAGACCAACAGGAAUCUCAUACCAAAGCCCCCUGUGGAAGGCUCACCUCAACUAAGCAUCACAAAUAUAAAAAUGACCUGGCUGCCUGAUUAUAAAGUUGGCGACAGGAUAGCCACUCAGAAAGCAUAUGGUUUGGCUCUGGCUAAACUGGGCUAUGCAAAUGAGAGAGUCAUUGUCCUGGAUGGUGACCCGAAGAACUCCAGCUUUUCUGAGGGAUUCGGGAAAGAACACCCUGAGCGUUUUAUUAAGUGUUUUAAUUCAGAACAAAACGUGGUGAGUGUGGCACUGGGCUGUGCCGCAUGUGGCCGAACCAUUGCUUUUGUUAGUACUUUAGCUGCCUUCUUGACCAGAGCGUUUGAUCAGAUCCGGAUGGGAGCCAUAUCUCAAACCAAUAUCAAUCUUAUCGGUUCUCACUGCGGGGUGUCUGUUGGUGAGGAUGGGCCCUCCCAGAUGGCCCUGGAAGAUUUAGCCAUGUUCCGAAGCAUCCCGAAUUGCACCAUUUUCUAUCCAAGGGAUGCCGUCUCGGCAGAGCACUCUGUUUAUCUGGCUGCCAACACCAAAGAGAUGUGCUUCAUAUGCCCCAGCUGGCCAGAAACGGCAGUUAUCUACACCCCAGAAGAAAAUUUUGAGAUCGGACAGGCCAAGGUCAUCCGCUACAGUGUGAAUGACAAAGUCGUAGUUAUUGGAGCGGGAGUUACUCUGCAUGAAGCAUUAGAGGCUGCUGAUGCUCUUUCUCAGCAAGGUAUUUCUGUCUGUGUCAUUGACUCAUUUACCAUUAAACCCCUGGAUGCUGCCACCAUCAUCACCUGUGCCAGAGCUACAGGCGGCCGGGUUAUCACAGUGGAAAAUCACCACCAGGAAGGUGGCAUUGGAGAAGAGGUGUGUGCAGCUGUCUCUGGGGAGCCUGACAUCCAUGUUCAUCAGCUGGCAGUGUCAGGAGUGCCUGAAAAAAGCGGGAAACCUCGUGAAUUGCUGGAUGUGUUUGGAAUCAGUGCUAGACACAUCAUAGCCGCUGUGAAAUACACUUUAAUGAACUAA